UUAAGUUACUUUUCUUUAUCACUGCGUGUUUUCAAAAUUACAAAGCCCUUAUACAAUUUCACCGUUUCUGAGAAUCAUCAUCAGUAAAUGUACUUACUUUUGUCUGGAAUUUACCAAAAUGGCGAUAACAAAGAUUUGCCUUCCAAUGACCUUCUUGAUCUCGACCAGUCUCCUUUUUCAUACUGUCAAGCCAGAAAGAAACUGUAUUUAUCCAGGCAUUCCAUUAACUGGUCCCUUGAUGUUUAAAGCUGAACCAACAAUAUACCAAAUAUUACAAGUCAAGCACGAUACAUUCAUAAAAUUCAGCUGUAAAUCGAACUACAUCCUUAGAGGACACAAGCUUAUUCGUUGCGAAGAUGGCCGAUGGACUGGAAGAGUACCGUAUUGCAAAGAUGCUGUGGAAAAUAUUUUUCAACGCUUCAUGAACUUCUUAUUAUACUCUCUCUUCAAGCAUCUCGUGUUCGAGCAAAAAGAAAUUCUUUGCAACGAUCCUGGAGAGAUUCCCUUCGGGAAGAAGAACAAGAAGCAAGAGUUGUACAGAAAAGAUGCUACAGUAAGCUACAUGUGUGACAAAGGUUAUGUGAUGAGAGAAGCAACAAGUACUUUAAGAUGCACGGAGAAUGGAACGUGGAAUAGACAUCCUCCUAAAUGUAUAAAUUGCAAAUCAAGCCUCGGGAUGGAGAGAUCAGGACCAACACUGAUUCACGAUCAGAACAUACGAGCAUCAACAGAAAAGGGCCAUCAUCACAAAGCAAAUGAAGGAAGACUGAAUGGCCCAAGAGCCUGGUGCUCAGGAAGAGAAAGAACUCCAUAUUUGGAAAUCGAUUUGGGAAAGCCACACAAAAUAUUGUUUCUUUCUACUCAAGGAAGUGUCUUUGAUGACAAAUGGGUUGGCUGGUAUGCUGUGAAAAGUAGCCUCAGAGGGUCAUUAUUCACCACGUACAGAGAAAACAACCAGGAAAAGAUGUUCAAAGGAAACACAGAUGCAUCCUCGAUACUCAAACAUGCUUUAAAAAAUCCAAUUGCUGCAAAGAAAAAUCCGAUUUUAUCCGAUGAAGAGAGGAGGCUUUAUAAAUGACAAUGCUUGCAUGCGAGUCGAAGUUUAUGGAUGUGCGUUGUCUAGCAACUACAAGGAAACCAUCUCUGGUCAUUGAGAUUUAUUGUCAAAUUAAUUCUGAAUUAUAUAUUACUAAUAUAUAUAUAUAUAUAUUAAUCACAUCUAUGGAAAAAAAUCUCGAAGCUGCUUAGCCGUAAGCAGUGCAGUUAACUGUAGUGUCAUGCAGUGUAAAAAUUUGUAAUUUACGCUUUUGAUUUGCUAGAAAACAAUAAGAAUACGAAUAUAGGAAUGGGAAUGGGAAUGGGAAUGGGAAUGGGA